AUGAUGUUGGAGGAUGGAAGGGCACUAGAGUCGGCUGAAGUAGUGCAUUUGGAGGCAGUUCAGUUUUAUCAGGGGCUCUUCACAGGUUCUAAUGUCAGUUUGCAGGAAUCUGAGUUGGCGUUGUUAUCUUCAGUGGUGACAGAUGCGGAGAAUGAGGCAUUGUGUAGGUUGCCGUCGGAAGAGGAGGUUUAUAGGGCUCUUCGGUCUAUUCCUAUGGAUAGUAGUCCAGGACCGGAUGGUUUUUCAGCUGCUUUUUUUUAUUUGGCUUGGGAUAUUGUGAAAGUUGACCUUGUGGAUAUGGCAAAGGAAGUCUUUGAAGGUAACCCUUUUUCUAAGUUUUUUGGUGCAACAAAUUUGGUGUUGAUCCCGAAGGUGGAAGAACCUAUGGGCUUUGGUCAGUUUCGGCCUAUAAGUUUGUGUUCGGUGGUUUACAAAAUUAUGACAAAAAUUAUGGCUUCACGUCUGGCGCCUAUUCUUGAUAAAAUUAUUUCCAAGGAACAGGUUGUGUUCAUCCCAGGUCAGAGUAUUUUUGAUAAUAUGGCCUUGGCUCAAGAAUUAGUUCAAGGAUUGAGUAGGAAUGUGAGAGGAGGUAAUGUGAUGUUAAAGCUGGAUAUGGCAAAGGCGUAUGAUCGUGUGAAUUGGAAAUUCCUUCUUGAGGUUUUACGUAGACUGGGCUUCAAGGGGUGUAGGAAAGGAGACCCUCUCUCACCUUAUUUGUUUAUUUUGUCGCAGGAGCUCCUUUCGCGCAUGCUGCAUCGGAAGUUCAGUCUUGGGCUUGUUAAGCCUUAUCAUCCAGGGGGAGGGUGGAAGAGUAAGAUGCUCUCGUUUGGUGGUAAGAUUAUGCUUUUACGACAUGUUUUAAAUAGCAUGCCUAUUCAUAUUUUGUCGAUUGUAAAAGUGCCCAAGGCAGUUUUUGGGAUGAUUAACAAGAUUUUUUCAGAUUUUCUUUGGGGGUCUUCUCUGGGGAAUAAGAAACGUAAAUGGGUAGUGUGGCAUCAAAUUUGUAAGCCAGUGGAAGAGGGUGGUAUUGGUAUUAGAGACUUGGUGGAAGUGCAGCAAUCUCUUUUUAUGAAGUUUGGAUGGAAAUUGGUUACGGGGGUGUCGCUAUGGGCAGAUUUUUUCCAGGAAAAAUAUCUUCAUCGGGACCAUGUUUAUAAUGUAAUGACUAAGAAUAAAGGGUCACGGUUUUGGAAGGGGAUUAUGGAGGUGAUGCCCAGAAUUUUUCUAAACUCUCAGUGGUUGAUAGGGGUUAGGAAUAUUAAUUUCUGGAUGGAUAAUUGGCUAGGGGGAGGUCCAUUGAAAGACUUGUGUCCGGUGGUGGGAAGUGAGCACCUGCAGGUUGCUGAAGUUUUUGAUGGGAGGGGGCCUAAGCUGGACGUUUUAAGCCAGCUAGUUCCGUCGGGUAUCUUGCAGCAGAUUGUGGUGGCAAAUGUGAGGCUUAGACCAAGGGCAGAUGCUAUCGUAUGGAAGAAUACGGUGGACGGUAACUUCACAACAAAAUCUGCUUGGGACAUAUGUAGAGAACGAGGGGACUUAUGCUCGAUGCUCGGCAAGGAUGGAAGGGGCUACAUUUCAGGAGAUGCAGGGGGUGGGGGUAUUAUUCGAGACUAUUCUGGGAGUUGUAUUGCUGGAUUUGCGCAUCAUUAUGGGGUUGCUACAAAUACGGUGGCUGAGUGCUGUGCUUUAUUAGAUGGAUUGAGGAUUUGUAAAAAUUUGGGUUUGCAAAACGUUGUAGUUGAAUCUGAUUCUAAAAUUGUUUUAGCUAAGAAGGGGUCUAUGGGGGAAAAUAUAGAUUUUUCUGGGAUGGAUUUUCAGUAUAUACGGCUUAGAGGUUUAAUUCGUCUUGAUUGGAUGGGGAUGGCUUUUAUUAGAGAGAAAUGA